AUGAGCGGUGCAAGUGGAGGGAGCACUCACGCUCCAACCCGUUGCCUCUAUCUGGCCCUUGGCGUCCCCCGCGAUGCUAGUCCGCCAGACAUCAAGAAGGCCUACAGGAAGCAAGCCUUGGUGUGGCACCCUGACAAGAAUGUGGGAAACGAGGCCGAGGCGCAGGUGCGCUUCCAAGAGCUGCAGCACGCCUACGCCGUGCUGAGCAACGCCCACGAGAGGAAGUGGUACGAUGACCAUCGCGAUGAGAUCCUCAACCCGGCACGCUACGAGGGUGACGGCGAUAGCGAUGACGGGGCGGGCGGGCGGACGGUUAACGUGACGCCGUUCUUCAGCGCGGCAACGUUCUCCGGCUUCGGAGAUGAUGAGUCCGGCUUCUACCAGACCUACACCAGAGCGUUCCGAGAGGUGUGGGACGCCGAGAGAGAUUGGGGUGAAGCUUCGUCUGAUGGGAGUGGGUGGGGUCAGGGUAGCCCGCCCGAGAUGGGCGGGUCGAAAGACAGCUGCGAAACGGCGGAGGAGUUCUAUGGGACGUGGAGCGGGUUCGUGUCGGGGCUGUCGUUCGGCUGGGUGGACGAGUACAACGUGAACGAGGCUGAGAACCGGCGUGUCCGACGUUUGAUGGAGAAGGAGAACAGCAAGAAGAGAGCGAUUGCUAGGAGGAAGUACCAAGAUGACGUACGUGCACUGGUGGACUUCUGCCGAAGGAGGGACCGCCGUGUGAUCCGCUACAAGCUCAAGCUCGCCAAGGACAAAGAAGAGAGGGCUAGAGCUAAGCACGAGGAGGAAGAGGCCGAGGAGGAGGCGAGGGCGAGAGCGGGAGGGGAAAAGGCCUUUCGUUUGGAUGAUGAAGAUGAUGAAGAUGACGACGAUGAGGAUAAGGAUGAUGGGACGGGCAGUGACCCGGAAGAGGAAGGUCGCCACCGCAAGAAGAAUGCCAAGCGGUACGAAGGCGGUUCGAUUUGA